AUGCAAGGUGCAGCCAAGUUUUCGGCUAAAUCGACAAAGGAUGCUAAGGAAUGGCUCGAAGAUCUAGCCUUUAGAUUCGCAGCCGUCGACAUCGAUAUGACAACGGGAUGGAGGAAAAUUUAUCUCUAUUUUGACGAACAAGCGGGGAAAUGGUGGCGCGAGAACCAAGGCAACUUUGAAGAUUGGUAUAGCUUCAGAAAGAUCUUUGAAGAAGAGCAUAGUCCGUCGUUAGUAUCAAUUCGGGCAACUGCAGCCAAGGACAUGGCAGAUCGAAAGCAAGGCAAGAGCGAGCCUCUUACCGUCUACUACCACGACAAGAUCAAACUCAUCAAAAGGUACGAAAAACACAUGCCAGAAGCUCAACAACUCGAAUGGCUUCAAGCAGGGAUGUGGCAUACCACACUUGAAGAAUUCCUCAAACACACUAUCACCUCCACCAAGGAGCUGAAGGACUACGCCAUUCAAAUUGAAGCAAAGCAGAACCUGCUGGCUAAAAUCAAAGCGGAGCAAGACGAAGGAGAGCGCACUGCAAGAUUUGUGCAACAAGCCCAACAGAUCGGCGAACAACCACGAUACGUGCCCCCAUAUCAGCGCAACACGGUUAGCUACGCCGACAAUACAUCGAUGCCCAAUAACCAGCGGGUAUCUCAACAGCCAUCUGAGUGGCAUAACCGGUGCUAUCAAUGCGGCACGUUCGGACACAUUGCUCGAGAGUGCCAUUCUUAUCAUUCAAAAAACUUUCGGGGGGAAUGA